ACCGCUGCUCCUCGGCCGCGGAUGGAUGCCGAGGAUGACCCCGACCGCCGGGCGGCCGCGACGAGGGUCGUCCUGGCCCUGGCGUGUGGCGCGUUAACCUCGGCAUGGUGCCGCCGGGCCCUGGCUAUAGGGGCAGCCGCGGCGGGAGCAGGGGCAGAGGCGCCCGGGGCGGUGGAGGCGGCCGUUGGGGUCAGUUGGGCGGCGCUCCGAGGGAGCUGGCCCACGGUGCUCAAGAUUCUACAGCUGCUAAAGGAGCAGGGCUUUGUUCUCGCCCUCUUGCUUGGCCUCUCUGCCUUCUUCUCCAUGGCGGAGACCUCCAUCACUACGCUCUGGCCUUGGAAGGUUCGUGAGCUGGCUGAAAAGGAACCUGAGAAUGGUGUUUUUAGAAUGCUCCGGAAUGAUGUCACUCGCUUCCUGACAACCAUACUCAUUGGCACAACUGUGGUCAACAUUGGUGCGACGGCAAUUGUUACCGAGGCAGCAACAGCAAUGUUUGGUGAAGCAGGUGUCAGCGCAGCAACUGGUGUCAUGACUGUUGCUGUUUUACUUCUUACAGAAAUCACACCCAAAAAUGUUGCAGUCCAUAAUGCCACAGAGGUUGCUAGGUUUGUGGUCAGACCAGUUGCUUGGCUUUCACUUAUCCUGUAUCCCGUUGGGCGGAUUGUUACAAUUAUAUCGAUGGGAAUUCUAAAGAUUCUAGGCCUGAAAGGAAGAAGUGAACCAUAUGUGACUGAAGACGAAUUGAAAUUAAUGCUCCGCGGAGCGGAGUUGAGUGGUGCAAUUGCGGAAGACGAACAGGAUAUGAUUGAGAAUGUACUCGAGAUUAAAGAUACACAUGUCAGAGAGGUGAUGACACCUUUGGUGGACGUAGUUGCAAUUGAUGCUGCCGCUACACUGAUUGAUUUCAAAAACCUUUGGGAAACUCACCAAUACUCUAGAGUUCCUGUAUUUGAGGAGCGCAUAGAUAAUAUCGUUGGAAUUGUAUAUGCAAUGGACAUGCUUGAAUAUGUUGAAGAGGUUGAGAAGUUGAAGGAAAUCACCGUGAAAGAAAUCGCACAUAUGCCUACCUACUUUGUCCCAGAUUCGAUGUCUGUUUGGAACCUGCUAAGAGAGUUCAGGAUCAGGCAGGUUCAUAUGGCAGUGGUCCUCAAUGAAUAUGGUGGAACUAUUGGUAUUGUGACAUUAGAAGAUGUGGUGGAAGAAAUUGUCGGCGAAAUCUUUGACGAGAAUGAUUCAAAGGAGGAAAUCCAGAAGAAAACAGGUAAUAUAGUAAUGCUGGAAGAUGGAACAUUUGAUGUUGAUGCAAAUACAUCAAUCGACGAUCUAUCUGAAGAGCUCAGUGUUAAAAUACCAGAGGGCCAUCAGUAUGAGACCGUGUCUGGUUUUGUUUGUGAAUCCUUUGGCUAUAUACCAGAAGAAGGUGGGAAAAUGCUUGUCAUACUUGAAAGGGAUAAAAGAGAAGAGAACGGUGAAUAUCAGGAGGAAGGGUCUGAUCACCAAGAUGAUCGAGAAACGACUCAAGCUUAUGAACUUGAGGUACUGGAAGCUAAUGCACGAAAGGUGAGCAAAGUACGUUUCAAGCCAAUAAGCAGCGAAUGUGUAGACAGUGACAACAAGGGUGUGAACCGGCUGAUGUCGAAAAAGAUAAUCAAAAGGAAGAAAAAGAACCCUGGUGAUUCUUCGGACAGCGAUGAUGAUGAGUGCCCUGAUAUAACCGAAAAUGGUUGCCCUGCAGAGCUAAUUUCAUACUCAGAUGAGAAGAGUGCGGAGCUAGAAGAUGCUGGCAGUUCCACAGCGACAAGGGUUUCCUUGACACGACGGAGGCCAGAUCGAAAACACCAAAAGAGAGAGUCUGCUAGCGCCCGCCGGAGGAAGAUUGGAGGGGGAACCGCUGCCGGAAUCGCCUUUGGCCGCCUCUCUCCCUUCACCAACGCCUCCUCAUCAAUCUCCAUGAUGAGAGGGGAGUAGUCCACCCCUGUACAAUGGGGUUGUGGUGGUAACUUGAUCCAAUCUCUCUAUGUAUGAUCAUGGAUGAAUUACAUAUGAUAUGCCUUGUAUGUCUAUGGAUCUAUCUGUAUAAUUCCUGUGGUCGAUAUUAUGGUGUAUGGUGAUACUUGUUAUGCAUCUAAGGUUGUGUUGGAAUUA